AUGCCAUGCGGAAGAGAGAGCAGAUCAGCGGCGGUGGCUGGCGUGCCCGCACGGCGGCUCCGCCCGCUGGUGCUCAUGCUCGUCCUCUUCUCCGUGAUGCCCCGCGGCGCACUCUCACGGGGCCUGGCGCUGCCACCACUGCCGGCGCCGGUGGUGCGGAACAUAACGUGCAACACCAUCCCAUAUCCAUUUGGUGCCCGAGGCAGAUCCCUCCCCGGCUUCGAGGUAAUCUGCGGCCGGAACAUGGAAGCCAUGCUGGAGAUCAACGAGAGCAGCUAUAAAAUCGACUAUGUGUCGGUGGAAGACGCCUUGGUCGUCAUCUUAGCCGGGCCCAUCAGCCAAGUCUGCUACGACCGCAACGGCAAGCAAACGCAGGCCACCGGAAUCGGCAACAUCAGCUUGGACGGGACGCCGUUCACCUUCUCCAAGCGCAAUAAGCUGGUCGCCAUUGGAUGCGACUACAGGCUAUCUGCUAACUUCAGCAACUCGAUGCCCGGUCACAGCCAGUGGCAGCCUAUCAGCUGCAACUCCUUUUGUGACGGAAGAUCCUGCCUUUCCGAUGCAGCUUGCUGCGAGGGCACCAUGCCGAUGGAUGCCGCUCAAGAGUUCACCUUGACGUUCAACAAGUUACCAGGGCAAUUCACUGGUGACGAGAACGGCACUUGCGGCGCUGCGUUCUUCUACGACCAAGAUGAGCAAGUCUUCAAGGGUGGGCAGGAUCCGCUGAAAGACCCGCUGUUGCCGGUUGGCGACCACGGGAUGAUCUUGGAUUGGGCAAUUGGCCAGGGCACGUGCGACCAGGCCUUAACCUACAACUUGAUGUCACUCUGCAACAGUCUGAGUGACUGCAUCGACGCGCCCAGGGGAGUUGGCUACCUCUGCCAGUGCAACGCAGGGUAUGACGGGAAUCCCUACACUGCAGAAGGAUGCGUAGAUAUAAACGAAUGCCGGAAUUUGGACAGCAACCCUUGCAACAUUACAGAAUUCUGCAACAACACCAAAGGAGGUUUUACUUGCUCAUGUCCCCCUUACUUGAUUGGUGACGGUUACAAGAAAGGGACGGGCUGCACUGAGGCACUCCAUCCAUCUGGUUCCCCUAUGCAACAAUCGCAAGGUUUGAACGUGUGCGCUCACCCUGAGAGGAACCCCUGCAUGUACUUGGAGUACUGCAAAGAUGGGCAGUGCUCUUGUCCUCAAGGCAUGAUUGGUGAUGGCCAUGAAAGGGGAAGUGGCUGUCAAAAAAAGCGCUUUCCUGUAGAUACUGCCUUGGGUGUUGGUCUUGCACUUGUGGUUACAAUAUCUAGCACAGCCUUGUGCUACUACUGGGGCGUGAAGAGAAGAAAGGUGAGAAGAAAGAGAUCCGAGUUAUUCCGUAAGAAUGGAGGCUUGCUGUUGCAGCAGAGAUUUUCGGCAUUCACAUCUCAAAGUAAGGACUCGUCAGCAAAGAUAUUCAGUGCGGAAGAGCUCAAGACUUCAACUAACAACUACAGUGAGACUCGAAUCCUUGGCCGAGGUGCAUAUGGCACAGUGUAUAAGGGUGUUCUUCCAGAUGAGACUCUGGUUGCUGUAAAGAAGUCUAGGGUGUUUGAUGAGAGCCAGGUGGAGCAAUUUGUCAAUGAGAUCACCAUCUUAUCACAGACCGAUCACCCGAAUGUUGUCAAGCUUUUGGGGUGCUGUCUAGAGACAGAAGUGCCUUUAUUGGUGUAUGAGUUCAUACCCAAUGGAACGCUCUUCCAGCAUAUCCAAAACAAAAGUGCACCUCUCUCCUUAACAUGGGAGGAUACCUUAAGGAUAGCUGCACAAAUAGCAGAAGCACUUGCGUAUCUGCAUUCCACAUCUUCUAUACCAAUUAUUCACAGGGAUAUCAAAUCAAGCAACAUACUGUUGGAUGAGAACUUUGUGGCUAAAAUAUCAGACUUUGGUGCAUCAAGAUCAGUUCCAUUUGAUCAAACUCAUGUAACCACCCUUAUUCAAGGUACUAUAGGGUAUCUUGAUCCGGAAUAUUUCCAAAGUGGCCAGCUCACAGAGAGGAGUGAUGUCUACAGUUUUGGAGUAGUUCUUGCAGAACUAUUGACAAGGCAGAAGCCUAUUUCUGUAGGCAGGCCAGAAGAAUCAUGCAACUUAGCCAUGCAUAUGGUGAUUGUAGUCAAUGAAGGGCGCCUACUUAAGGAGAUAGAGCCACACAUUUUGGAAGAAGCAAGUGAAGAGCAACUCUAUGCAGUUGCGCAGCUCUCUGUGAGAUGCUUAAGUAUGAAUGGACAAGAACGACCCAUUAUGAAGGAGGUUGCAUCAGUUUUAGAGGAGCUAAGAAGGUCAUUCACCAAGGAGCAAACUAUGAGAAAAACAGGUGAACCAUUUAAUGAACAAGGGAACCUUCUACGUGAAGCAAGCUCCACUUCCAGCCUGCACCAUUCAGAAGGAAUUACACAGUUGAGCAUGGAGGCUGAAAUGAAAGCUUCUUGUCAGACUCCAAGAUGA